CCAUUUUAAAAGGCGAAACCAAAUCAUUGCUGCGAUCCCACACUCACUGCGCCUCCAAGAAAGCCAAAAAGCCCCGGCGGCCGUCCUCAUUUCUCCUCUGCCACUCAGUUUCAGCGAUCCCCUUUUGCCUAUGCACCUCCUUUUCUCUGAGUAUAUCAGCAUUUUACGAAGAUGGAAGUGCAAAAUCAUGAUCAUGGUCACAUGAUUGAAGUAAGUGGAGAUGUGCAAGCAGUAGGGCCUAGCAUUGUGGGAAGUAAAAUUUGUGGGGAGGCACCUUCCUGUGGAUUUAAAGAUGCAAAAAACAGUUCGAUUGAUAUGAGGGAGCGAAAUGCAUCGAUGCGGAAGCUUUUCAUAGCAGCUGUUUGCUGCAUCGUUUUUAUGAGUAUAGAAGUAGUGGGAGGUAUUAAAGCAAACAGUCUUGCAAUAUUGACUGAUGCUGCUCAUUUGUUGUCGGAUGUUGCUGCUUUUGCCAUUUCCUUGUUCUCUCUCUGGGCCUCUGGUUGGGAGGCAACUCCGCGCCAGUCAUAUGGGUUCUUCCGGAUUGAAAUACUUGGUGCCCUCGUUUCCAUUCAGAUGAUCUGGCUUCUUGCUGGGAUUCUUGUUUAUGAAGCCAUUGUCCGCCUUAUCAAUGGUCCGGGAGAAGUCAAGGGGCUGCUCAUGUUUGCUGUUUCUGCAUUUGGGUUGGUUGUUAACAUAGCUAUGGCUCUGCUGCUCGGUCACGAACAUGGUCAUGCUCAUUCUCAUGGUCACAGUCAUGGACAUGGUGAUCACGACCACGGUCAUGGCAGCCACGAACAUGGUCAUGAAGAUCAUAGGCAUCACCAUGGGAUUAGUGUUACCGCACACCACCACCACCCCCACCCCCACCACGAAGAAGAGGGAGCUGCCGGCGAUAGUGUUAAGCAUCACCAUCAUCACGCACAUGAGGAAUCAGUAACUACACCCUUACUUGAAAGCCAUUCACAAAAGGUUACCAAGACACAGAAAAGAGAACGAAACAUAAACGUCCAGGGGGCUUACCUUCACGUACUCGGAGAUUCCAUCCAAAGCAUCGGAGUGAUGAUUGGCGGGGCAAUCAUAUGGUAUAAACCCGAAUACAAGAUUCUUGAUCUGAUAUGCACUCUCAUUUUCUCUGUAAUUGUGCUAUACACAACAAUUCAAAUGCUCCGAAACAUCCUCGAGGUUCUAAUGGAGAGUACACCGCGAGAGAUUGAUGCGACGAAGCUCGAGAAGGGUCUGUGUGAGAUGGAGGAGGUAGUUGCAGUUCAUGAACUGCACAUCUGGGCGAUAACGGUUGGAAAGGUUCUAUUGGCAUGCCAUGUUAUAAUAAAGCCAGAGGCAAAUGCAGAUAUGGUAUUGGACAAUGUUAUAGAGUAUAUCAAAAGAGAGUACAACAUCAGCCAUGUCACCAUUCAGAUAGAGCGCCAGUAGAUUUUCGGAUUCAAUCAAUGAAUGUUUAUUUGUAGGUUUGGUUUAAAAGGAAAGAUGCUUUUGAAUUCCCCAGAAUUUAACGUCUUCAUUUUUCUUCUUAGAUCUCAUUUAAAAGUGCUUUCAACGAUCUAAAAAACAAAUGGGUCGAUAAUUAAAUUAGCAUUGUUUUAAUUUCAAAAUCAAUAAACUUUUCUGAAAGGCAUCUUCUAGUUAA